GAAUUCAGAUGGGGAGAAACUUUGCCGACCGCGCUUGUCUCUAGCGCUACCAGCCGAGAUGAGAACCCACGCGACGCGAGCCACUCGCUCACUGGCUUCACAAAUCCACGAACCUUAGCUCGCCGUCCGGCCAUGGUCGGUGCGACCGUCGCGUCGACCUCCACCGCCGCCGCGUACUCCUCCCUGACUCACCCGACAGCGCGUGACCCGUUUAAGAGGCGCACUACUCAUCCACUUGUGGCAGCCACCAAUCGCCACGUACACGGCCGUACUGUGACGAGUCUCCGCCAGAUUCACCCUCGCGACCACUUCGCGAACCCUCCGCGGCCCGUAUUCGUGGCAUCGGCGGCGGAGGCGGAAGAGAUGGCUGCGGAGGCGAGUACUCCGGCGCCGGCCGAGGCCAGCGCGAAGCCCUUCGCCGUCCUCUUCGUCUGCCUCGGGAACAUUUGUAGGAGUCCUGCAGCUGAGGCCGUCUUCCGGAACCUCGUCAGCAAGCGCGGACUUAAGUCCAAGUUUCAGAUAGACUCUGCUGGCACUAUAGGUUAUCAUGAGGGAAAUAAGGCCGACUCAAGGAUGAUAUCAACUUCCAAGAAGCGGGGGAUUGAGGUGACCUCAAUAUCCAGGCCUAUCAAACCCUCAGAUUUCCGAAUUUUUGAUCUUAUCCUUGCAAUGGACAGGCAAAAUUAUGAAGACAUUUUGAGCUCAUUUGACAGAUGGCAACACAAGGAGACCCUCCCAGAUAGUGGACCCAAGAAGGUUAAGCUCAUGUGCUCCUAUUGCAAGCGGCAUACUGAGUCUGAAGUUCCAGAUCCUUACUAUGGAGGUGCUAAGGGAUUCGAAAAGGUACUGGAUCUGCUGGAAGAUGCAUGCGAGUCAUUACUUGACAGCAUCAUGGCGGAGAAUGAAAACAUUUCUGCUUGAUCUCAGAAUGAAUUGCCUCGAGCCAAUGUAAGCAUCGCAUUUUUAUUUGAUUGUACCAGGGAUCAAUUACAAAGAUGUGGACUAGCUUUCUUUGAGCCAUCCUCUCUUCAGCCCAGAUAAUUGUAAUGAUAAAUAAAUCAAAAUAGAAAAUACGCUCUCUCAUCACCAUGCGUAUAUAUGUGUCAGGCUUAUACACUUCA